AACGCCUCUGCCCCAUGAGGAACAAGUUUCAAGAUGUCGGCGUGAACACGUUUUCUUUAAAAUUUGUUGGAAAAGUGACAUAUACUAGUGAAACGCAUUUGACAAUUAAUUUUAUUCCAUUGUUCAUUGAUAGUGUUUUGCUUCAUAGCAGUUUUUGGGGGACACUCGGUGGACAUAUAUAUUGUAAAAGAGACAAGACUUGAGGCUGAUGACUUGAAAUCCUGGUUUUGAAGAGGAAACGAAAGUAAAUGAUGAACUGCUCAUGUGUCACCUACAGUAAUUGGGUUAAAAAAUAAUGACAGAAGAUGCUCAGGAUUCAUCAGCCUCCCCUACAGCAACCAGAGAGCCAAUAAUGAAUGAAAAGUCUGUUAAUAGUGAUGAAUUUCGUAAGCCUCUUUCUGUAAAAAAAUCAGAGAAGGCUGCAAAACGUAAAUUAAGUUCGGUGACUGAUAAAGAUGCAACGCACAGUGCACAGAAAAAAAAGAAAAAGACAGACAAACCAAAAAAGAAAAAAGAAAGUAAAGGUGAAAAUGAGGAUGCCUCUGAAAGUGUAGAUAGUGGUUGUAUAGCAGAUAUUUCUGGUGAUGUUACGGACUGGCCUCAGGUUGAAACUGCAGUAUUAGAAGAAAGAAAUUAUGUUCUUAGUUUACUUAGUUGGCUUCCAGAUUUUGAAUGGGUUGUUCCAGAUUUAAAGAAACCUAAACCGUCCCCAGAAGAAUCUUCUAAAGACGAAAGUAGUGGUAAAGGAAAAGCAGCUAGUAAAAAAAAGGGAGAAUUUGCUGGGACGAAAGCAAAAUUGCGAGAGUUUUUAAAUGAAGCUGAUGAAAUAGACACCUUACGUGACAGAUAUACUUCAAUGUUACAAGAGUUACGGAAGGGCAGAAGAGACAAAAAGAAAGAAGGAAAAUUGCAAAGAAAACUAAAGAACUUGAAUAGAAGAAAUAAGAAGAAUGCAAAUCGACAGAGGAAACUUGAACAGGCUGAAAUCUUUGCCAAAAAGCAUGAAAAGGUCGAAAAAAAUAAGAAAAAUAUGCUGCAGAAAAAGAUAUUUAAUGAGAAAGGCAAGCUGGUCUUCAGUAAAUUUGAUUUUUCAAGUGGUGGUGGUAAUUCGACAAAGGCAAAGAAUCUUGAAAUUAAGGUUGCACAAGCCCUUAAAGAAAGAGAAAUGAGAAAAAAGUUGGAGAUGGAAGGAGAUUUCAAAGGAGCUGCAGAAUUAAAAGAGAUUGAAGCUUGGUCUGGAGCUUUGAAGAGGGCUGAGGGUGCUAAGGUACGAGAUGAUAUAGACUUACUCCAGAAGUCUCUAAAGAAGAAAGAGCAUCGUAAGAAGAUGAGUAAAAAACGAUGGGAAGAACGAUCAGCAGCAGUGGAGAAGAAAAUGAUGGACAAACAAAUGAAAAGAAAUGAAAACUUAAAAGCAAGGAGAGAUGCAAAAGUUGAAAAGAAAUUCAAGAAAAUGAAAAGGAAAGGCCAUGUUGUACCAGGAUUUUGAAGUAGUCUGCUUUAAAACUACUAAAAUUUGUUUAAUGUGUUAUACACAUUUGAAGUGUGAUAUUGUUGCUUAAAUUUUUUUAAAAAUUAUGGUACGAAAGAAUUGUAAGUGGGUGCAAAUUAGAGGAUUGUAAAAAUAAAAACCUUUAAUAUACA